UUAGAUAGUUAACCAACUUUGCAGUUUAAACUGACAUGUUUUGUCCUGCAACAACAUUUCAAGCUUCACUUCUUCCCCUAUUUUGGGCUGUAUGGACCCCGUAAGAUUAUAAGAAAACUAGUAAUAAUAAGAGCUACGGAUUAAACUAGAGUGCGGGGGAAAGGCCAGUCUUUUAAUGUAAGUAGAAAUUCGGUGUGAGGAGAUGUUUUCUGAAUUCUGAAUGCUGUAGAGCUUUUGCCCGUGGCAGUGAUACUCACUAGGCUUCAUCUGGUUAGUCCUUUGUAUCAGAGUUACAGUGUACAAUUGAUGAGUUAUACAUUACAGUUCUCACACGGGCGGUUUGGGUGAAUAGCUUUUACAAUCGCCUCCGUUUCCAGCAUGAAGGGGUCCCGCAUUCUUACUUGACUGUUCAAUGUACUCGAUAUCAAUAUUUGGAGUCUCCGCUUGGCCCUUUAUUUCCCAUCUUUCGUUCGGCCUCUGAUUCUGUGGCUGUCUCCUGGUGGAUAUAACUUGUGACCCAGUUACUCAUCAUCGUUUCGUACCUUUUUAUUUAAUUUUUGUUAUUUUAAGCACUUCCUCAUUUUCUCCUUUAAUACAUAUGGACCAGAAUCCUUCUUUCUUUCUCUCUUUACUUUCUUCAAUUGAUUGCGAUUCUUAUCUCCAUAAUAAAAGCUUGGUAACGCAUUUAUUUCUCGGUACCAUUAACAACAACCUGAAUAGACCCCAAAAUAUUCCCUUGUCUGAAACGUUAAGAUUGUUCAAGCAAAACGGAUUGCAAAAUUAGUUCCUAUAAGACAACAAUCACUGCUAGUAGUCACGGCAAGUUCUGUUAAAAUGAGUCAGUGCGUUCCUAGUUGGGAUCUCGACGACAAUCCGGUCACUGCAAACCACUCUCUCCGUUCCAACUCCUAUUCAACUGCCCCUGAUGUUCCUAUGUUAGAAUAUGAAGUAGCAGAAUUAACAUGGGAAAAUGGCCAACUAGCCAUGCAUAGCUUAGGUCAGUCAUGCGUGCGGGCCAAACCCCUAAACUCCACCUCUCCCUCUAAGUACAAUUGGGAAAAGCCACGCGGUAAUGGCACUUUGGAGUCCAUAGUGAACCAGGCAACACGCUUUCCAUAUCGUAUGGCUUCUCUUGAAGGCGGCGGGGAUGAACUUGUACCCUGGUUCGACCAGCACCGUGCUGCAGCCGUAGCGGCGGCGUCAUCAGCCACCAUGACUAUGGAUGCUGUGGUUCCUUGCUCGAACAGGUCCGAGGACCGGACCACGCACGUGAUGGAAUCUAUAUCAAGGCUUGGAGCAGGUACUUGCGUAAUGGGAAGCUCCACUAGGGAGGGAUCCUGUAGUGGGGCAGCUGGUACCCAAGAAGACGAGGUACUCCUCACUGGGAAACGCGCAAGGGCGGCGCGUGUUCCUGCAGCACCCGAAUGGAGCGGCAAGGAACAAAGUGCAAGCGCCAGUGCCACGUUUGGAAGGGAUAGCCAGCAAGUGACCGUUGAUACGUACGAGAAGGAUUUGGGUGUGGGUUUUACUUCGACUUCCCUUGGUUCCCCUGAAAAUACAAGUUCUGCAAGAGCUUGUACCAAGGCCACCACUGCUGACGAUCGUGACUCUGUUUGUCACAGUAGACCCCAGAGGGAGAUAGGUGAGGAAUACAAGAAGAAAGAAACUGGGAAAUCUUCAGUUUCAACUAAAAGGAGCAGGGCUGCUGCCAUCCAUAACCAGUCUGAACGUAAAAGAAGAGAUAAGAUAAACCAAAGGAUAAAGACGUUACAGAAAUUGGUACCCAAUUCUAGCAAGACUGAUAAAGCUUCAAUGUUAGACGAAGUUAUUGAAUAUCUGAAACAUCUACAAGCACAAGUUCAAAUGAUGAGUAGGAUGAACUUGCCACCAAUGAUGUUGCCGAUGACAAUGCAACAGCAACUCCAAAUGUCAAUGAUGGGGAUGAUGGGAAUGGGAAUGGGAAUGGGGAUGGGGAUGGGGAUGGGCAUGGGCAUGGGCAUGGGUGUCAUGGACAUGAACACCAUUGGCCGGCCUAACAUCAACGGUAUCUCUGCAGUUCUGCCUAAUCCUUUCAUGACUAUGACUUCUUGGGAUGGCUCUGGCGACCGGUUACAAGCUGCCUCAGCAGCUCUAAUGCCAGACCCUCUUUCCACAUUCCUGGCUUGCCAAUCACAGCCGAUGACUAUGGAUGUGUACAGCCGAAUAGCCGCCUUGUAUCAGCAGAUGCAACAACCACCAGCUUCUAGUUCGAAGAGCUAAGCUAAGUUUUUAUAUUCAAAAACAUGAACUUGGGUUUUAAUUCUUGCACUUUCACAGGUUUUGGUACGAUCUAGUUCAUGUAAUUAUUUAUUUCUUAAUUACAAGCAUGUGGUGUGGGUGGUGAGUUUGUUGCAAAUCAUUCUCUUUGAAUUUGUAAUAUAUAUCGUGGCUCCAAUGAGCGAAG